AUGGAAGUCGACUCACUAGGUGGAUGCAAGUACUUGCUACUGAUCGUAGAUGAAGGCAGCGGAUGUAUAAAGGGUUGCAGUCUGCGUGCCAAGUCCGAAAGCGAAGAGUGCAUCAAGAAGUACAACUUGGUAGUACAGGCGCAGUUUAACUACAAGGUCAAGUUCGUUCGAUACGAUGGUGCACGAGAAUUUGCGGCGAAUUCGCUCAAGGCAUUUUACAAUGAUCAAGAAAUCGAGCAAAAGUUACCGUUUUAUAAGCGCAACGGAUCAGCGGCACGGUGGAACGGGCAAUUCGGACCAUUGUGA